AUUAGUGGAAGGAUCGGCUCCACCCCCGGUUUCCCCCGGGGUACCAGUACCAGGGGUCGCUCCGCCCUUGGAGCCCGGCUCCGCCCAGGAAUCGGUGGAGGAAUCGGCUCCGCCUUCGGGCUCCCCCCGAGACUCGGUAGAAAAGUCCGCUCCGCCCUCGGCCAGACCCACUCCUGUACCCACGCCCCGGGAGAGCCGCAACCAGAGCAUGGAGAGUCUGCAGAAGACGAGUGACGCGGGCCAGAUGUUCGACGUAGUCGUGAUAGGAGGCGGCAUUUCAGGAUUAUCUGCUGCCAAACUCUUAGCCGAACAUGAAGUUAAUGUUUUGGUUUUAGAAGCCCGGGAGAGAGUUGGAGGAAGAACAUACACAGUGAGGAAUGAACAUGUUGACUACGUAGAUGUUGGCGGUGCUUAUGUAGGCCCAACCCAGAAUAGGAUCUUACGGUUAUCUAAGGAACUGGGUUUAGAAACUUACAAAGUGAAUGUAAAUGAGCGUCUUGUUCAUUAUGUCAAGGGAAAAACUUAUCCAUUUCGGGGUGCCUUCCCUCCAGUAUGGAAUCCCAUUGCCUAUCUGGAUUACAACAACCUGUGGCGGACCAUGGAUAACAUGGGAAAAGAGAUUCCAACUGAUGCACCAUGGGAAGCCCCACAUGCAGUGGAAUGGGAUAAGAUGACUAUGAAAGAUCUCAUCGAAAAAAUCUGCUGGACAAAGACUGCUCGGCAGUUUGCAUCUCUCUUUGUGAAUAUCAAUGUGACCUCUGAACCCCAUGAGGUGUCUGCCCUGUGGUUCUUGUGGUACGUGAAACAAUGUGGAGGCACCACUCGGAUAUUCUCCAUUACCAACGGAGGCCAGGAACGGAAGUUUGUAGGUGGAUCUGGUCAAGUAAGCGAACGGAUAAUGCAGCUCCUAGGGGACAAGGUGAAACUGAGGAGUCCUGUCACCUAUGUUGACCAGUCAAGUGAAAACAUCACCAUAGAGACCCUGAAUCGUGAACUUUAUGAGUGCCGAUAUGUCAUUAGCGCAAUCCCACCAACUUUGACUGCCAAGAUACACUUUAGACCAGAGCUUCCAUCAGAGCGAAACCAGCUGAUACAGCGUCUUCCAAUGGGGGCUGUCAUUAAGUGCAUGAUGUAUUACAAGGAGGCCUUUUGGAAGAAAAAAGAUUACUGUGGCUGUAUGAUUAUCGAAGAUGAGGAAGCUCCAAUUUCAAUAACGCUGGAUGAUACCAAGCCAGAUGGAUCACUGCCUGCUAUCAUGGGCUUCAUCCUUGCUCGAAAAGCUGACCGGCUCGCUAAAGUACAUAAAGAUAUAAGAAAAAGGAAAAUCUGUGAACUGUACGCCAAAGUGCUAGGAUCUCAAGAAGCUUUACAUCCGGUGCACUAUGAAGAGAAGAACUGGUGUGAGGAGCAGUACUCCGGAGGCUGCUACACUGCGUACUUCCCCCCAGGGAUCAUGACUCAAUAUGGAAGGGUGAUUCGCCAACCUAUAGGCAGAAUUUACUUUGCUGGCACGGAGACUGCCACACAAUGGAGUGGUUACAUGGAAGGAGCAGUAGAGGCCGGUGAACGGGCCGCUAGAGAGGUCUUGAAUGCUUUGGGGAAGCUGGCUGCCAAAGACAUCUGGAUCCAAGAACCUGAAGCUAAAGAUGUUCCAGCUAUAGAGAUCACCCCCAGCUUCUGGGAGAGAAACCUGCCUUCCGUAUCAGGCCUGCUGAAGAUCGUUGGGUUUUCCACAUCGAUAACUGCCCUGUGGUUUAUGAUGUACAGAUUCAGGCUGCUAAGCCGAUCCUGAAGUUUUGGCUUCAUGCUUUCUGCUUAGCCUUCCCCGGUAUCAUCAAAAGCAAAUUGCCGACCCAUAGAACAGCCGUGCAAUCAGAUCAUCUUUAAGUGAACCGAUUUAACCCCUCAGUUUAAUCUCAGUGUAUGACCUCCUUAAUUUCCGGAAGAUCAAGCUCCAUCUUGUGAUUUGUCUGUAGACCAGCUCGUGUUGAUUGGUAGAAAAUAACCUUGUGAUCAAUUUCUUAACAUCAAGAAGUUAAAGUUGACAUGCUCAUGAGAAACAGUUUCUGUGUCCUAUUUUUCUCCCCUUUAACAUAAAAUACCUGAUGAUCACAGGAAUGAAGCAUUUAACUUUCUCUCUGUAGAGGUUGAGUAGAUUAAGGCCCAGCCUGUGACUGUCCUUUGAAGUCCUUAGCAAAGGGUAGAGUGUAGGCCCAGACUCGAAGCUUCCUGGGUAAGCAGCCCCCACUUUGGAUGAGGGAAAGCAGUGGAGGUAGGGUUCAGACCCGCAGACCAGAGCGGGGACAACAUCUUGUGGGCUGCUGUCUCAGGGAUCUCCUGACCACUUCUAAUUCCUGUGAAGUUUCUAGACACUGGUAGCUCAGACCGCAAAGAAUCUGCCUGCAAUGUAGGAGACACAGGUUUGAUCCCUGGGUCAGGAAGAUCCCCUUAAGGAGAGCAUGCAACCCACUCUAGUAUCCUUGCCUAGAGAAUUCCAUGGACAGAGGAGCUUGGCAGGCUACAGUCCAUGGGGUCACAAAGAGUCAGACACGACUGAGUGACUAACACUAAAACUAAACUAAACUAGACAUCUAGUCUUCAUGCUAGCUUGUUUGCAUUUUUCCUCUUUUUCUUAAAGAGCACAGUGUUUACCAAGGAAUGUUUAAAUUAAUUUGCUGUGACUGGUAUGUAACUCCCUAGAUGAGCAAAUAGUGGCAAGACCGUCCCCCAGGAGGGCUUCCUGUUUCACUCCUCAUGAGACCAACUGCAGUAGGCUUCUUCACAUCCUCCUGGAAGGUGGCUAGACAUUACUUGGCUCAUUGUCCUUGAUAACAUUCUGCCAAUUCCAAGGAAGCAGUAUUUUCCUUUCUUCAGGUAGACCCUUCUGAAGGCCCCUAGUGGCAGAUAUUUUUUUUCUUUUUUUUCCUAUAGCCAUAAUAAAAUCAGGCUUAACUUAAGUAUGUUUUUCACAUGGUUUGUUAUUGUUGUUUACUGGCCCAGUCGUGUCUGACUCUUUGUGACCCCAUGAACUGUAGCCCACUAGGCUCCUCUGUCCGUGGGAUUUUCCAGGCAAGAAUACUGGAGUGGGUUGCCAUUUUCUUCUCCAGGGGAUCUUUCUGACCCAGGGAUCGAACCUGUGUCUCCUGCAUUGCAGGCAGAUUCUUUACCACUGUGCCACCAGGGAAGCACUUCCAUGUGGUUACCUUUGAGUAAUACCACCAUGCCAGUUUCUCUCAAAUAAGUACUGAAAUGCAGAUGAUAAAUUUCUGAUUGUUAUUUCAUGAGACUAAUCAAGCACAGAAAGGAAAUUAGGGCUCUACUUAUAACCUCACUUGCUUUCAUUAUUAAGCUUUAUAAAAGACAUGAAAUUGAAUGAUUUUAUAUAUGAAAACUAACUUUAUCUUAGGAGAAAUGUGAGUUCAGAACAGUGCUCACCUCCUAUCUUUCCCAUUUUAAAAACUGUUGGGGGAGUUCCCUGGCGGUCCAGAGGUUAAGACUCUGUGCUUUCACUGCCAGGUCCAGGGUUUGAUCCCUGGUUGGGGAACUAAGAUCCUGCAAGCUGCCCCAUGUGGCAAAAAAAAAAAAAAAAAACUGUCAGAUUUUUUAAAAACCCAAAAGUUUCAGCCAUAAAGUGUGUGUGUGUGUAUAUAUAUAUAUGAAAAUCAACACAGAUGUGAUCAAAUAAAGCGGUUGAGAAGAUUCAGAAGAUUCUGUGGACUCAGCAACCCAGGUGGUAGAUACCCAGUAAUAUCCUGCAUCAUUGAUGAAUGAGGCAUUUCGUUUUAAAUGAAGUUUCUAGCUAGCUGAAGCUUGUUCUUUGUGUGCCAAAAUUUUUAAAUCAACUAAAAUUUUGAUGGAGUCACUUCCACACAUUUAGUACAUAAGCUAGAUUCAAAUUCCUUUUUUAGAAUUAAUCCUGUCAAUCGUUCUAUCUCUGGAUUAUUUUAUACUUUUAUAAUAGAGUAUGCCAUUUUUAAUAGAGUGAUACCGUUUUUAAUAGAGUGAUACCACUGUCUUUGCCCCUGUACUAAAUGCCGCACUGUUGUUUCAUAGCCGAUGAGUCUACUGCUGCUUCUAUCUUCUCCGAUAUUCAGUAUUCAUGUCACAUCCUUAUUUCUAUUACCUCCCAGUAACUCUUAAUCUAAUCUGCUGUCUAUUUUUUUACUGAAUGGGAAUUAAAGAUUGCCAGAGGAACCAACCCAAGUUUAUUACAUAAUUAACCUUAUUAUAAAUCCAAAAUUACAUCCUGAGAGCAAAAAGCAGGAUUUUCUGCCAGUCUAUACCUUGCAAUUGAAAAGCAUUUUAGCUAAGUUGGGAGUUUUGGUAUUAUCUUGGAUAUGCCCUAAUGCGUAAGAACUUGCUGCAUUUUAUACCAAAGUGCUUUGAGAAAUCACAUCCCUGAUCUAUUUCAGUUAUUUCUGUUUGCUUACUGAUUAACUUGGUUCUGACACACCUCUGGGGAAAUGCUGACAAAUUUAACUGGCAACAGUUUUAACAGUCAUUAAGUUGUUAACAUAGUUAACAUGUCUCGAAUGUCAAAGGACUCCCAGAAUAUGGGAUUUACCCUCUUCUCAAACUUUUUAGCAAACCCAUUAAUUCAUCCUAAUUAGAUCAACCCUGUUAAGCUACAGAUUGAGUAUUAAAAAUGAAUGCCAGCCCAGGUGGUUCCUAUGGGUGAAAUGGCAGCUGAGAACUUCCCCACAUACAUGAGGUGAUCCAAUCCUGAGAUGCCACAGGUCUUCUCUUCCACCCACUCUCAAGUCAGUUUAAGCAGCUGAUCAAGCCUGGCUCUGUUCAGUCACCUGCUUCACAGUUCUGAAGGCUGUCAGCCUCACUCAAUAGUAAGGUUAAGAAUGAGAUUUGAAAAGUUAACCUUCUUGUCACAACUUUUAAAUAAGGACGUAUAUCAGCCUGAAGACACAGUAUUGAAGGAUUGUGAACCAUGUUUAGUCUGUGAACUUGGUGCCUAAUGUUCUGUCUGAAGUGUGCCCCAGUGUUAUACGUGGGAGUACACCUGUGUGUAUGUAUUGACACUGAAGUACAGUUUUGCCUGUCUGGUAUUGUUUUGUUUGUUAAUAAAGUGCACUAUCACCUCUGA